UAACCGUUCGCGACUCGCGUCUGCCCACAAGGCACAAACGGCACAAACUACAAAGUCAAGAAAAUGGCGGAGCUUCGAUCGAAUAGCAGUGAUACGGCACUGGUUUAUUAUUAAGUUAUUUAAAUAAGUGGACUGUUAAAUAAGUGUUAUUUGUGAGUUAGUGAAAAUAUAAAUUAUGGAGACUAUUUUAAAAGAUGGCAUGUGCCGUUGUUGUGCCUCAGAGGGAACGUUUAAAGAUUUCACGGCAUCCUACCAGUGGAUGGGAGUUGAGGAGGUUUACUCCGACAUGCUGAAAGAUUGCUUUGAUAUCACUUUGUCCACGGCUCUCCACGGGAACAGUAAUGGCGGUAUAUGCGAGGUGUGCGUCACGCAGCUGCGCAACGCGUUCAACUUUAAGAAGCAGGUCCAGCACACUGAGGAGCGUUUCAAGCGGCUGCAGGAGGUGGCUUUCAAACCGGAGACGAUUAAAAUUGAAUUGGGACCCGAUGAUUCCGAGGUGAAUUCGGACAAUAUGGACGACGAUUUCUCUGGUGCAGAGUACGACGUGCCGAUAAAGUUCGAAUCGGCCGAAGAUACUAAGCCGAAAAAGCGCACGGUCAAAGCGUCCACGUCAAAGAAGAAACCGAAGCGCGAGGAGCCCGGCGCCGAGACGUCCGCCAAACGUUCUCGGCAACACCAGAGAGACAACUUGAAAAUGAGUCAAGUUGAAGUGAAUCGAAUAGAAAGAGCAAAACAACUUAACUUUAGAGAAAAGCACCAAUCUAAUGUUCGAAAUGUUUUGAUGUAUUCGAACGCCACGAUGAUUAGAAGCUAUGAUGAUAACGGAUACAAAUGCGGUUUCUGCCCGGACCAAUACACCACACCAGCUGCUUUGAAAGAACACUCCUUAAAUUCACAUACAACAAAUUGUCUUGUAGAUAUGAAAGUUCGGAGCCCUUACACUGUUAAAUUAGAUAUCACAGAUCUUAAAUGCAGAAUUUGUAAUUCAAAUAUACCAAUGCUGCAAGACCUGCUAGAUCAUUUACAAAAUAGUCACGAUAAAGUUAUAUACGAGGAUAUUGAAAACCAAUUGGUGUCCUAUAAAUUUGUUGACGAUAAGUUUAGAUGUGUGUUUUGCAAAGAGGAGUUUCGUAGAUUCCCAACGUUGCAGUUUCAUAUGAAUAAGCAUUAUCGGAAUUAUGAAUGUGAUGUGUGCCACGCUGGUUUCAUGAACAACAAUAAUUUAAGAUGGCACAAAAAAUCGCAUAAAAGGCAAAACUUAGGUAAAAAGAUUGGUAAAAGUAAAGACAUGGAGAAUGAAGAUGAUUGUGCUGAAAUUGAAGAAAUAGAAGAUCGAAAUGAAACCUUAACGGAAAAUAAUCUCCAUAUAUGUACUGAAUGCGAUGCGUAUUUCGAAAAUGAAGAGUUGCUCCAAAAUCACGCGCUAAAUGAACACUCGCUUAAAAUGGACUAUAACUGCAAAUAUUGUGAUAUGACAUUUUUAACAGCAGAUGAACUAAAACAUCAUCAGCAAAGUCAUAGAGAAUGUCUCAGUUUGUUUAAAGAUGAUAAAACUUUACAUGAUCAUUUGAUGAUCCAUGCCAAUGGCAUUGGUUUUAAAUGCACAGAAUGUGAGUUGUCAUUUGUACAUGAAAAAGAGAUGCAAGAACAUAUACAAGAGAAGCAUGGUACCCCGGAAACUGACAAAGAAGUCGAUAGCAAAAAGAAAAAAAUUAAGAAAAUUAAAUCUAGUGAUGUUGCCGGUAAGAAAAUGGGGCGGUCUGCAUUAAAAAUUAAAUUUCGUGAAAAUGUACUUGAAGUAUUGUAUAAUUCUAAUGCAUCGACUAUCAGAAAUUGUGUUGACUACAGAUACAAAUGUUGUUUUUGCUCCGACUGUUAUGAACGUCCGGAGGAUUUGAAAAAUCACAACUUGCAGUGUCAUGAUAAGUCCACCUUGAGGAAUGGAAUGAUGGCAACACACAUGAACUCAUUAUCUCUGAAACUGGAUAUAACUGGACUACGAUGUACUCUCUGUGAUACGGAGAUGGACAUGUUAGAUGAUUUAUUGAACCACCUUAAAGAUAUACACAACAGACAAAUUCACACCGACAUUGAUAAUUACAUGGUUCCUCUUAAGUUCGAAGACGACGUUUUACGUUGCACAUUUUGUCGAGAGGAAUUUGUCCAAUUCAGACUGCUAAUGACACACAUAAAAGUACACUAUAGAAAUUUUGUAUGCGAAGUGUGUGACCAUGGGUUUAUAAGUCCGACUAUUUAUCGAUCUCACCGCAGGAGCCAUGAAAUUGGCAAUUACAAAUGCGACUACUGUGAAAGGGUUAUGGAUACUAGAGCCAAAAAAUUGUACCACGAGAGGGUGACACAUAGACGAUUGAAGAAUUUCGAAGGCCCAGCGUCGAAAUAUGGGUAUAAAUGCCAGUAUUGCCAUCAAACGUUCAACGGAUAUAAUAAGAAGCAAAAGCAUUUAGCGGAAGUCCACGGGGUGAAACUGCCCGGCUUGCAGUGCAAGGCUUGCGAUCGCACGUUCCCAAAUCGGCACAGAUACACGAUUCAUAUAAAGAGGGAUCAUCUAAUGGAACGGAGACACGGAUGUAAAGUGUGCGACAUGAAAUUUUUCACGUCCUUCGCCUUGAAGCAGCACAUUAUCAGCCAUUCUGAUGUGAAGAAGUAUCAAUGUGAUAUUUGUAUGAAGUCAUAUGGCAGGAAAAAAACACUGCGUGAACAUUUACGUAUCCAUGCGGAUGAUAGGAAGUACGUGUGUGGGCAGUGUGGACAAGGCUUUAUACAGAAGUGUAGUUUGGCUGGCCAUAUGCGAGCUAAACAUUCGGAGCUAGUAUGUCCUCGGCAACACCAGAGAGACAACUUGAAAAUGAGUCAAGUUGAAGUGAAUCGAAUAGAAAGAGCAAAACAAGUUGACUUUAGAGAAAAGCACCAAUCUAAUGUUCGAAAUGUUUUGAUGUAUUCGAACGGCACGAUGUUUAGAAGCUUUGAUGAUAAAGGAUACAAAUGCGGUUUCUGCCCGGACCAAUACACCACACCAGCUGAUUUGAAAGAACACUCCUUAAAUUCACAUACAGGAAAUUGUCUUGUAGAUAUGAAAGUGCUGCGCCCUUACACUGUUAAAUUAGAUAUCACAGAUCUUAAAUGCACUAUUUGUAAUUCAAAUACACCGACGCUGCAAGACCUGCUAGAUCAUUUACAAAAUAGUCACGAUAAAGUUAUAUACGAGGAUAUUGAAAACCACUUGGUGUCCUAUAAAUUUGAUGACGAUAAGUUAAGAUGUGUGUUUUGCAAGGAGGAGUUUCGUAGAUUCCCAACGUUGCAGUUUCAUAUGAAUAAGCAUUAUCGGAAUUAUGAAUGUGAUGUGUGCCACGCUGGUUUCAUGAACAACAAUAAUUUAAGAGUGCACAAAAGAAAACAUAAAAGACAAAACUUACGUAAUAAGAUUGGUAAAAGUAAAGACAUGGAGAAUGAAGAUCAUUGUGCUGAAAUUAAAGAAAUAGAAGAUCGAAAUGAAACCUUAACGGAAAAUAAACUCCAUAUAUGUAGCAAAUGCGAUGUGUAUUUCGAAAAUGAAGAGUUGCUCCAAAAUCAUGCGCUAAACGAACACUUGCUUAAAAGGGAAUAUAACUGCAAAUAUUGUGAUAUGACAUUUUUAACAGCAGAUGAACUAAAACAUCAUCAGCAAAGUCAUAGAGAAUGUCUUAGUUUGUUUAAAGAUGAUAAAACUUUACAUGAUCAUUUGAUGAUCGAUGCCAAUGGCAUUGGUUUUAAAUGCACAGAAUGUGAUUUGUCAUUUGUACAUGAAAAAGAGAUGAGAGAACAUAUACAAGGGAAGCAUGGUACCCCGGAAACUGACAAAAAAGUCGAUACCAAAAAGAAAAUAAAUAAUAAAGUUAAAUCUGGUGAUGUUGCCGGUGAGAAAAUGGGGCGGUCUGCAUUACAAAUUAAAUUUCGUGAAAAUGUACUUGAAGUAUUGUAUAAUUCUAAUGCAUCGACUAUCAGAAAUUGUGUUGACUACAGAUACACAUGUUGUUUUUGCUCUGACUGUUACGAACGUCCGGAGGAUUUGAAAAAUCACAACUUAGAGUGUCACGAUAAGUCCACCUUAAAGAAUGCAAUGAGGGCAAAACACAUGAACACAACUCUGAAACUGGAUAUAACUGGUCUACGAUGUACCCUCUGUGAUACUGAGAUGGACAUGUUAGAUGAUUUAUUGAACCACCUUAAAGAUAUACACAACAGACAAAUUCACACCGAUAUUGAUAAUUACAUGGUUCCUCUUAAGUUCGAAGACGACGUCUUACGUUGCACAUUUUGUCGAGAGGAAUUUGUCCAAUUCAGACUACUAAUGACACACAUAAAAGUACACUAUAGAAAUUUUGUAUGCGAAGUGUGUGACCAUGGGUUUAUAAGUAAGAAUAUUUAUCGAUCUCACCGCAGGAGCCAUGACAUUGGCAAUUACAAAUGCGACUACUGUGAAAGAGUUUUGGAUACUAGAACCAAAAAAUUGAAGCACGAGAGGGUGACACAUAGACGAUUGAAGAAUGUGAAUAAGUGCCAGUAUUGCCAUCAAACGUUCAACGAAUAUAAUAAGAAGCAAAAGCAUUUAGCGGAAGUCCACGGGGUGAAACUGCCCGGCUUGCAGUGCAAGGCUUGCGAUCGCACGUUCCCAAAUCGGAACAGAUACACGAUUCAUGUAAAGAGGGAUCAUCUAAUGGAACGGAGACACGGUUGUACAGUGUGCGACAUGAAAUUUUUCACGUCCUACGAAUUGAAGCAUCACAUGAUCAGCCAUUCUGGUGUGAAGAAGUAUCAAUGUGAUAUUUGUUCUCGACGUAGCAUCAUAACUGAAACAACAGAUGUUAAAUCAGGACAAUCAGGUGAACUGAAUGACGAAUUAGCUCAAAUUGGAGACACGAAUGUUAUAAAGAAAAAAGGUGAAGAAUUGGCAAAACAUAAAAUUAAUUUGGUGGCGAUACUUAAAAAUUCCUCCGCGACUCCGAUCCGAUGUCGAGGCGGAAUAGGUUAUGCGUGCUGUUAUUGCGCACAAGAAUUCCCAGAUCCUAAGGAUUUGAAGAAACACACACUGCAAAUGCAUGAAGAGAAAACGAGACUACGGUUAAUGGAAGGGAAAGAUAUCUAUAAAUUUCACGCAAAGCUCGAUAUAACCGACCUAAAAUGCAGUAUUUGUGCUAGUGAUAUUGACGAUCUGGAAAAACUUAUUGAACAUCUCAGAAACGUUCAUAACGUCACAAUGCACAUGGAUGUGAAAAAUCAACUGGUACCCUUCAAGUUUGGUAGCGAAGGACUGAAAUGUUUUAUAUGCUUCAGCAUGUAUCAUAAAUUUAAAUCGCUUCUAGAGCAUAUGAACGUACAUUAUAGAAAUUAUAUAUGUGACGUGUGCAACGCUGGAUUCGUGAACCGUUGUAUGCUCGCUCGGCAUGCGGAAAGCCACAGGCUCGGAUCGUUCAAAUGUAUGUUCUGUCCGAAGGUAUUUGACACGCUCAGGAAGAAACGGUCGCACGAAAAGUGCGUGCACACACAUUCGAUACUCAACAGAUGUGGCUAUUGCAACGAGAAAUUUAGGGACUAUAGGAAAAAAGAGAAACAUCUCAUAGCAGUUCACGGUGCGGUCAAUGUAGAGACGAAGUGCCAAGCCUGUGAUAGGUCAUUCACGAAUCAAAAGGAGUACAAUUCCCACGUGAAGAGGCUACAUUUGAUGGACAAGCGACACAAAUGCCCAGAGUGCGAUAUGGCCUUUUUUACCACUGGAGAGCUGAGAGAUCAUGUUGUGAAACACACGGGUACAAGGCAGUUUGAGUGUGAGGUGUGUCAUAAGACGUAUGGAAGGAGGAAGACUCUAUUGGAACAUUUGAGGAUACAUAAGGAUGAUCGACGGUUUAAGUGCGAGCAUUGUGGGCAGGCGUUUGUGCAGAAGUGCAGUAAAAGGGUACGAUUGAAGUCUGACAGCAGGGAAACUGCUAAGACUGUAGCGAAUGAGAACAGUGAUCCACCGAAAGUGACGCUAGGUAAAGAGUUGGCUAAACAUCGAACCAAUAUUAGAGAAAUCAUUCGUUGGUCCAACGCCACACCAAUAAGAUGUAGAGGUGGUAUUGGAUAUGCGUGCUGCUUUUGUUCAGACCAAUAUCCUGAUCCAGCUGAUCUAAAACGACACACAAUAGACGGCCACGAUGAAGAAACCAAACGGGAUUUCAUGAAAGGCAAAGAUAUGUACGGAUUCUUUGUUAAAUUGGACAUCACGUCCCUCGUAUGCAACAUUUGCUUGCAGAAUAUUAACACUCUUGAAAAUCUAAUGACACACCUCAAGGAUGAACACGACAAAAACAUUUACACGGAUAUCAAUAAUCACAUACUGCCGUUCAAAUUUGAAAGCGAGACGCUCAAGUGUUUCAUUUGCUUGAACGUUUUCAACAAAUUCAAAGCUCUACAAGAACACAUGCAUACGCAUUAUAGGAACUUUAUUUGCGAGGUGUGUGACGCUGGCUUUGUCAACAAGCACCUUUUGUUAUGUCACAGGGAGGGUCAUAAGAAAGGCACGUUCGAAUGCACACAAUGCACAGAAGUAUUUGACACAGUGCGUAAAAUGAAGCAGCAUAUACGGAAGGUUCACAACGGGAGUCUGCCGCACAAAUGCGGAUAUUGCAACGAGAGAUUCAAGGAGAAUUUCCAUAAGAACGAACACUUGGCCAAAGUGCAUGGUAUCGUAGGACCGGCUAUCAAGUGCCAAGCGUGUGAUAGAACGUUCGCGACGCAACAAACGUGGUUGUUGCAUACGAAGAAGUAUCACCUAAUGCAAAGGCAGUAUAAAUGCUCUAGGUGCGAAAUGGACUUCUUCUCGAAGAGGGAACUGAACGAUCAUAUGGUGAAACAUACAGGGACUAGGGAGUAUAGAUGCGAAAUAUGCUUUAAAUGUGUCCGAACGAUUACAAUCGAACGGAGAAAAACGGAACCUCUUUUGGAUUUGAAGAUAUUGCGUCGUGGAGUUAAAUUGAAUGAGGCUAAGAAAAAUCAGCAGAACUUGAAGAAUAUUUUACUAUAUUCCAACGCUAAUCCAAUUAGGAACAAAGACAGUCUCGGAUAUGGUUGUGCGUUUUGCCCAGAACAGUUUCCUGAUACAACAGAUCUCAAGAAACACUUUUUAAAUGAGCAUAACAGCGAUAGACUCAUAAAAUUCAUGUCUACAAGGCUGUUUGAACAGGUCGUCAAACUGGAUAUCACGUUUUUGAACUGCGCUCUGUGUGAUAAAGAAAUUCCUCAAUUAGACGACUUAAUGAUCCAUCUGAAAUCUGAGCACGGGAAAGAUAUACAUACCGAUAUCAAAACUCCGAUUGUACCGUUUAAAUUCGAUUCGCCAGAACUACGUUGCGCUGUGUGCUUGGCUGAGUACACGACGUUCAAGCUUCUGCAGGAGCAUAUGAAUUCCCACUUUGGCAAUCACAUUUGUAAUGUAUGUGGCCGAUGCUAUAUGACGUCUAGGCUCCUCGUUGGUCACAUGAAGCGCCACAAUACGGGUGACUUCAAAUGCGAUCAAUGCGAUAAAGUGUUUUCCAAUCAGGAGAAACUACGGGACCACCAAAGGCGGACACAUCUCGGGCUAGGGAAAAGGAACAAAUGUCAAAUAUGCAAUGAGCGGUUUCUGGAUUAUUGGAAGAAAAUCGACCAUAUGAUUAAAGAGCACGGCGCACCGCCGGUUAUCCUGAAGUGUCAAGCGUGUGAGAGAACUUUCCAGAACCAGAGAGCGUUGUCGAGGCAUACGAAGAAAGAUCACCUCUUGGAGCGACGUCAUAAGUGUGAAGAGUGUGAUAUGAGGUUUUUUAGUAAAGGUGGAUUGCAGCGGCAUAUGGCAAAGCACACUGGAAUAAGACAGUUUCAGUGUGAUGUGUGUUUCAAAGCGUAUGGCAGGAAGAAUACGUUGAGGGAACAUAUGAGGAUACACGCGGAUGAUAGACGAUUUGCAUGCAAUCAUUGUGGACAAGCGUUUGUCCAAAAAUGUAGUUGGCGUAGUCACAUGAGGUCGAAGCAUGGUGAAGAAGUAUAUGCUAUGUUAUGUGCAUCAAUAAAUACGACUGGUGGAUAUUCAACACAUUUACAGCAAAGUAGCAUAGCUUCUGGUGAAAAGCAGCCAGGUCGCGCCGGGAGAAAGAAGAUUAUUACUAUAAACGUUAAAAAAAAGGACGAAAACGAGUCUGACACGAAAAAUAAUUUUGAAUUCAAAAUACAAAGUGAAAUUGCAAAACAUAAAUAUAAUAUAAAAGAGAUAUUACUCAAUUCUAACGCGACUCCAAUUCGAAGUAAAAUCGGCACUGGGUACACCUGUUGUUUCUGCUCAAAUCACUACCCAGACCCGAAAGAUCUCAAGUACCACACCUUAAAUGAUCACGACGAUGAAGCAAAGUCUAAGUUCAUGAAAGGCACUCAUAUGCAUUCCUAUUUCGUUAAGCUGGACAUAACUGAUCUCAAGUGUAAAUGUGGUAAAAGUUAUGAAUCUGUAGAAACGCUUACAGAACACCUCAAGGAUGCACAUAAAGUCAAGAUAUACACACAAAUAAAGAGUCACAUACUCCCGUUCAAGUUUACAAGCCAAGCCCUCACUUGCUGCAUAUGCUUCAAUAUAUUUAAUACGUUCAAAGCGCUCCAAGAACACAUGAACGUUCAUUAUAGAAACUUCAUAUGCGAAGUGUGUGACGCUGGUUUCGUGAAUAAGAACAUUCUAUUGAGACACCAAGACGCUCACAAAACUGGCACGUUCUCCUGUGAAGAGUGUAAGAAAACGUUUGACACGGCGCGAAAGAAACAACUCCACGAUCGUUCGAAACAUCGCGGAGUUUAUUUGCCACACAAAUGUCCCAUUUGGCCAACAAAGAAAGUGUUUAUCAGAAAUCCGCAGCCGUUGAAGAAAGUGAAGAAGGAGACGUUAAAAAUAAUGCCGAGAGCAACUGUGAAUCUAUUUCUGAAGACGCGAGCAGAAAUAGGGAAACAUUUAGACAAUAUACGACUGAUUUUAAUAAACUCUAAUGCGACGCCGAUAAGGUGUCGCGGAGGAUUCUCUUAUGCGUGCUAUUUUUGCAUCAAUCAGUAUCAAAAUCCGGAUGAACUGAAAAGACAUACGCUAACAUCACACGACAACACUGCCAAACAAGUUUUCAUGAAGGGUGCUACAUUGGUCAAUUAUAUGGUCAAAUUGGAUAUAACAGGACUUAAAUGCAAUCUAUGUGGUAAAGAUGUUCCAGAAUUAGACGACUUUACAAGACAUUUGACUUCAGACCACGUGAUGAAGUACCACUCAGACAUAAAAAGCCAUAUAGUGCCGUUCAGAUUUGAGAACAAGGAUUUCAGAUGCGUGACUUGCCACAAUAGAUUUAACAAUUUCAAAACUCUUAUCGAACAUAUGAACGCCCACUAUAAUAAUUUUGUCUGUGAUGUUUGUGGCGCUGGUUUUGUAAAUAAGAGGACGUUACAAACGCACGGUUAUAGACACAAAAAGGGAACCUUCAAUUGCUCGUUUUGUACCAAAGUAUUUGAUACGAGUAUUAAGAAGCGAGAUCAUGAGAGAGGGGUUCAUAUACUCAGGAACAAGAGGAGCAAAUGCGGUUACUGUGGGGAGAAGUUCACGGAUUAUACAAAGAAGAAUGACCACGAGGUCAAAGUCCAUGGAGCGACGCCGAUAGUGUUGCAAUGUCAAGCCUGUGAUAAGACGUUUGGCAAUCAAAGAUCUCUCACGAUGCAUACGAAAUCGUACCAUCUGCUUCAAAGGAAGAAGUCGGAGAAGAAUGUAUAUGAGUACGAAGCGAAUGGAAAAGCCCAGGAGACUAAUUCACAAUUUUCACCCAUAGGUAAAAUGGAAAGCAGCAUGAAGAUACAGAGAGAAGACCAAGAAAACGAUACUGUAAAUGUGCAUUUGUAUUCGAGAACAAAGAUGAAUAUUGCUGAAAUUUUGAGGUGCACCAACGCUACCGCAAUCCGAUGCAGGGGUGGCAUAGGCUACCGAUGCUGCUUGUGCACUGAAGAAUUUGUCAACCCUGCCGAUCUCAAGCAACACUCAAUAGACCAUUACGCAGAUACUGACAUCUUCACCAAUAAAAUACUAAGGAAAAUAGUAGGUACUGAGCAGAGCAAAAUGUGCGUGAAAUUGGAUAUAACCUCGCUUAAGUGCAAUAUAUGUGGCGCAGCUAUUCACACACUGGAAGAUCUGUUCCAGCAUUUGGUGGAGGAACACAAACGGUGUAUUUACAUGAAUAUAAAAAACCACAUAUUACCCUUCAAAUUUGAUUCAGAAAAGUUGCGCUGCUGCAUUUGCUCGAAGGAGUACAAUUCGUUCAAAGCCUUAUUGGAACACAUGAAUACGCAUAGCACCAACUAUGUAUGCAACAUCUGCUCUGCUACGUUUGUGAAUAAAGGGAAGUUGCAGAUUCACCAGUUGACUCACGCGGUCGGUGAAUUCAAGUGCCGGUUUUGUCCCAAGAUAUUGGACACAGUAGUGAAACAGUCGUGCCACGAACGGAGUGCCCACAAGAGCCUUAAUGCGGUCAGCAAAUGCGGGUACUGUAGCCAGAAGUUCAACAACCACUAUCGUAGAGAGGUGCACAUGUACGAAGCUCACGGCGUUCCAAUGACGAAAGUCGAGAGAGCCACGUGCAAGAUUUGUGCCCGAGAGUUCUGGUCAAAGAACUCGUUGAACUCGCACCUCCGAAGGGUCCACCUUCUAGAGAAAACGCACAAGUGUGAAUUCUGCGAUAUGGAGUUCUUUGGUUCGAACCAAUUGAAGAACCAUAUACUGAAGCAUACGGGCGAGAAGAGGUUCAAAUGUGACGUGUGUUCGAAGUCGUAUGCGCGGAAGUAUACCUUAAGGGAGCAUAUGAGGAUACAUGAGAACGAUAGGCGGUUUAAGUGCGAGCAUUGUGGUCAGUCGUUUGUACAGAAGUGCAGUUGGCGGGGACACAUGCGAGCGAAGCAUGGGGAGGAUGUGUAUAUAACAUUAGAACUCAUAUUCAUAUAUGGUUACAUGCACAUGAACUAUGGUUUUAUUUAUAUAAGGCAAGCUUAUCAGCGAUCUCUAAGAGUUCUAACACACGAACGGCAAGUUGUGAACGGCAGAGGCUACUUCAGCCGUCCCCACCAGUCACGUAAUAUUGAAUCCAGCGUAGACCACAAGAUAGAAAAAGCAGAAUUUAAAGAUACACCAAUCAGGAACGACGUUUACAAAAAGACGAAAAGGAACAUAUCAGAGAUUUUAAAGUGCACCAACGCUACCCCCAUACGAUGUAGAGGUGGUAUAGGAUACAUGUGCUGUUUCUGCAGGGAACAGUACCUAAAUCCAGCAGACUUGAAAAUACAUACACUAGAACACUAUUCUGACAUAGAAGUCUUCAGUUAUAAAAUUCUCAAGAACAUCAUGGGCAUUGACCAAUAUAGACUAUGUAUAAAGUUGGACAUCACGGCUUUAACUUGUAACUUAUGUGCCACAAGUAUAGAUUCACUAGAAGACCUCUUUAACCAUCUGAUAGAAGCACACGAUAGAAUAAUACACAAGAAUAUCAAAAACCACAUAGUACCGUUCAAGUUUGUGACGGAAGAUAUAACGUGCUGUAUAUGCUCCAAGACAUUUAAUUCCUUCAAAGCUCUUCUAGAACAUAUGAAUACGCAUAGCAAGAAUUUCGUUUGCAACAUCUGUUGCGCGACGUUUGUCAAUAAAGCCAAGAUUACUGGCCACGAAUUGACUCAUGUUAUCAGCGAAUUUAAAUGCAGCUAUUGCCCGAAAGUGCUGAACACGAAAAUGAAAAAAGCAUGCCAUGAAAACAGCGCGCACAAAAACGUGAACAAAAUUAGUAAAUGCGGGUACUGUAACGAAAAGUUUAGCAGCCAUAAGCGUAAGGAGAUGCAUCUAUUCGAAAUGCAUGGGAUUCCGCUGCCCAAAAUAGAGAGGGCCACUUGCAAGAUAUGUAUUCGUGAAUUCCAGAAUAAGGACUCUUUGAACAGGCACUUAAGGCGCAUACAUUUGCUGGAGAAGUCACAUAAGUGUGAGUAUUGUGAAAAGGAGUUCUUCGCCUUAAACGAACUAAAUAACCAUCUAGUGAAGCAUACAGGGGGCAGGAACUUUCAGUGUCAUCUUUGUUUGAGGGCGUAUAAGAGGAAGAAAACGCUCACGGCUCAUAUGCACACGCACGCGGAUGAAGUACGCUUCAAGUGUGAUCUGUGCGAUUUGACGUAUCUGCAGAAGACCACGUGGAGAACGCACAUGCGUACAAAACAUGAAAUUGAAGUAUAAGCUAAGGUUACAGUAAUAGUUAAUACAUUUUUAUUGUAGGUAAAGCUCGAAAUAAUUCUCAGUAUUUGAUACGUUUUUUACACAAAGACAAUUCGAUUGUUAUGGAAGAUUAAGAGUUAAUAAAGAUUUACAUUUCUGUUA